UAGAGGCCACUGCGUCAUAUGAGUAGCAGACAAAAUCGUGAAACUCUCUCAUUUUCCCUAGGGCGCUAACCUAAUCCAGGGCAGAGAAGAGAAAAACAAAGUUAGACUGGUCAGCGAGAGGAGUACAGAGCGAGGAUGAGCUUCCUUCCACAUUUCUCCAUUGAGACCUGGGCUCUUCUGAUCACCCUCCUCGCUCUCCUGAUACUAUAUGGGAUCUGGCCCUACAGUUUAUUUAAGAAACUGGGUAUUCCUGGGCCAACACCCCUGCCUUUCUUUGGGACCGUCUUCAAGUGUGACAAAGGUUUAGUGGACUUUGACAAAAACUGCUUUCAGAAAUAUGGGAAAAUCUGGGGGUUUUACGAUGGCAGACAGCCUGUGCUGGCCAUCCUGGAUUCUACACUCAUUAAAACUGUGCUGGUGAAAGAGUGCUACACCACCUUUACCAACCGACGGAGAUUUGGUCCAACAGGAUUGCUGGAGUCGGCUGUCUCCAUCGCUGAGGAUGAGCAGUGGAAGAGGAUUCGCACUGUGCUCUCUCCAACCUUCACCAGUGGGAAGCUAAAGGAGAUGUUUCCCAUCAUGAUGCAUUAUGGGAAGGUUUUGGUGAGAAAUGUUCAGAAGCAAGUGGAAAAGGAUGAACCCAUAGCUGUUAAAGAUGUGUUUGGUGCCUACAGCAUGGAUGUUAUCACAAGCACUUCGUUUGGUGUGAAUAUUGACUCCAUGAACAACCCCCAAGACCCAUUUGUGAAGGAGAUUAAGAAACUAGUGAAGUUUGACUUCUCUUUCCAACUCUUUAUUUUCAUAUAUGUAUUUCCAUUCCUUACUCCUCUUCUUAAGAUGCUGAAUGUGGGCGUUUUCCCAAAUGAUGCCCUGGAAUUCUUCGCACGGUCAAUCACCAAAAUAAAGGAAAAGCGCAAGAGAGACACCCCCACGGACCGAGUGGAUUUCCUGCAGCUCAUGAUUGACUCCCAGAAUUUAAACACCAGUCACGAGAGCAAUGGGUUGGAUCACCCAAAUAAAGUCCUGACUGAUGUUGAGAUUCUGGCACAAGCAAUUAUCUUUAUUUUUGCUGGCUAUGAGACCACCAGCUCCACUCUUGGCUACUUGGCUUACAGUCUAGCUACUCACCCCGAUGUACAGCAGAAGCUGCAGGAGGAGAUAGACUCUGUUCUUCCCAACCAGGCGCCUCUCACGUAUGAUGCCCUGAUGCAGAUGGAGUAUGUUGACAUGACACUGAGUGAAACCCUCAGGCUCUUUCCUUUCGGAGGGCGAAUUGAAAGGGUCUGCAAGAAAGAUGUAGAGAUAAAUGGAGUGACCAUUUGCAAGGGCACUGUCGUUAUGAUCCCAUCCUUCCUUCUGCAUCGUAUGCCAGAAUACUGGCCAGAACCAGAGGAGUUCAGACCUGAAAGGUUCAGUAAAGAGAACAAAGAGACCAUGGAUCCUUACAUGUACUUGCCCUUUGGAGCUGGACCCAGGAACUGCAUUGGAAUGAGAUUUGCUCUCCUCUCCAUGAAAGUUGCUAUCACCAGUCUGCUGCAGAAUUUCAGCUUCAGACCCUGCAAAGAAACUCCGAUACCUCUCAAACUGCUUUCAAAAGGAUUCAUAACUCCAGUGGAACCUAUCAUUCUGAAGUUAGUCUCCAGAACCACAGAAUCGAAGGAGUAAAAUCCAGUGGCGUUUUAUAGCAGCUCUUCAGAGGCCAAUAGCUGCUGUACCAACAGAUGCUGUACACAUUGUUCUGGGAAGCUGAUUUAGACACACAAGAGCUUAAUUCAGAAGACAGUUGCUAAAUAUUCGCAGAAAAGCAUGACUAGAGAGACAGAGAAAGUGGGUGAGGUAAGGAACCAUUAGAAACUGUGCUAACUACUUAUGCUAAACU